AUGAUUGAAUCCAUCUCCACCUCACUAGCGGCCCAGCCGGAGCCCAGUGCCCCAGAAGAAGAGGAAAUGGCCUACAUAUGUGCUAUUACAAUGGCCUGGGACCUUCUGCAUAAGAAUGGAAAUUUCACUCCAGCAAGAGUCACGGGUGAUCCAGAGUCCAAGACGCGGUCUCCAAGGAGACUGCAAAAGCAACAUCGUAGAAGGUGUCAGGAGCCCAGUCGGGGCCUACGGAGGAGUGUGAGGAAAAGGAAAAGCUCCAAAUCACCCGUGGUACCUUCAGAGAGGGAGGAUGGCCCAUAUGGAGACAAGCCACAGGUGUGCACACCCAUCGCCCCGAUCCCAAGCAAAAUGCAAACAGAGUCAUCUCAGAGCUCCGGGGUGCACCCAAACUUCCCAUCCCUUUCAGAAGAUGACCAUGAGAAAGAGGACAAGGAAAAGGGGGACGCCUCAAAAGUUAUGUCCUUGCCCUGUACAGUGGAGGAGGUGGGUGUAGAUGUUAGAGGUGGAUGUGUGCUUCCGUCAUUUACACCGGGUUUCAUCCUCACUGUGCCCAAGGCUCUGGAAGAGGGGGCGCACAACACCUGCCCAAAGUCCCUGGCUGUGUCCCCUGAACGUGCUACCUCCUCGGUGAAUGUUGACCCUGGAGAGGGCACGUGCAACUCAGGCUCGGAAGGUGCAGCAGCAUCCUCCAGUGCCCCUAACCUGAGCCUGUGUAAUGCAUUCCGCCUGGCAAACAGAAAAAGGAAGCUGCAGGCCCCAGGGUGUGAGGAAGAGCGGCAAGAAUCUCAGCCCUCAGCUGGCUCAAAGGCUAUUAAGCCCACCAAUGCCAUCAAGGAGGGCGAGGGCAAGGAAGCAGGACAGCUGACAAGCAUGGCGUUCCCAGAGGAGCUGUGUCCCAUUGAGAGAGGAAUGCUGGUCUGGUUUAAGUUUCAGAAUCACCCAUUUUGGCCAGCCGUGGUCACGAGUGUCAGCCCAACCGAGCAGACCGCAAGGGUGCUUUUGAUUGAGGCCAACAUGCACUGUGAGAAGAGCGGCAUUCAAGUUCCUCUUCGAAGGUUGAAGCAUCUGGAUUAUAACGGCAAAGAAAAGCUAAUGAAGAGAGCCAGCAAAGUAUACGGGGAAAGUGUGAACUGGUGUUUCUCACUGAUUUCCAGCUACAGAGAAGGGCUUGUUCGCGGGUCUUUUGUGGGCUCUUUCCUGGACUAUUAUGCUGCUGACCUCAGUUACCCCAUGAGGAAAGCCAUUCAAGAAGGUGAUCUGCAGAUGGAUUUCCCCAAGGUGAAUUAUUCUGACCUGGAAGAUUCUGAGGAGGAGACCCCUGUGGCUGCAAAGAGGCACUGCAAGAGAAUCCUCCCUGACCGGAUGAGGGCUGCUCGGGACCGAGCCAACCAGAAGCUGGUGGACUUCAUCGUGAAAAGAAAGGGGGCCGACCCGCAUCUUCUGGACAUCGUCAAAGGCAGGAAAGAAUCCAAGUGGCUUGAAUCAUUUCUGAAUUCAGAGAGGUACGUGAUCUGCGUUGAAACAUACCUGGAGGAUGACGAUCAGCUAGAUGUAGUGGUAAGACAUUUACGAGAAAUCUACAAACACAUAGACAAGAGAGCGCUGGCUCUGACGAGAGAUGACCCAGUGAGCUUCCUUCUGGAAGUUCUUCUGCCAGAAGCAAUCAUUUGUUCAAUUGCUACAGUGGAUGGAUUGGACUACAGGGAGGCAGAAGCAAAGUACCGGCAAGGGCCACCUGUGUAUUACCGGGAAAAAGAACUCUUUGAUAAGAAAAUCUUGAAGAAAAUAAGAAAGAGAUCAGCCGAGAGGCACAAGGCUAAACUCUACCCCUGUGCCCAACAGGGCAUCGGGCAGACUUCUCAGUCACACCAGUAG